AUGAUGGCUUCUGAGACACAAAACAUCACUAUGAAGCUGCAGCUGGUCCUACCCGCCCUCUUCACCGCCAUUGUGGCAGCGAUAGCACUUCCACAGAACAGCACUGCCACUGACCUCAAGAACUCUCUCUUCUCCGACAUCAAGAUCAAGACCAACAACGAGGAGCGGUUCCUCGAACUACUCAACAUCUGCGGCAAGCCAAGAGAGAUGGACAUCGCCAAGAACCCUGGCAUCUGCAACUGCUGGGACUUCGGGCUGACCUCCAGACGCGCACCAAUGCUAUCGGCCAUCGAACGUGCCUGCGCCGAGAUCAAAGACGUCCCGUUCGGUGUAUAUGGCUACGCCUCACACGAGCACAUCUUCCACACCGAUCAUUGGGGCAGUGAGUACUACAUCAGAGCCAAAGUCAUCUGGGCUGGCAAAGCGCUGGGACGUGAGGAGUACUGCGACAAUCUGUCAACGCUGGGUGUUGACAAUGAGGAUCCUGACAAUUCGACACGUGGUGGGUACUGGAUACCGGAACAGAACUGCAAGGAGAACUUCGAGGCGAUUGUUAAUCAGUGUGAUGGCAAGGAGGACGAAAAGCGUGGAGGGUAUGCUGCUGAUAAGUGCUUCAUCUGGUGGCUGGAUCCGAAUCCUGCUAGUGGAGGUGGUUGA